UCCUGGCGAAGCAUCGGAAAUCCGCCCGGAAUAAAAAGCCCUAGAGCGAGGCUGCGGCCACCACCCCUCGCCUCGCAACCCUCGCUCCUGCCCCACCCCCCCAACCCCCCGCGAUGGCGUCCGCCGAGCAGCCCCCGAAGAAGCGCAAGCACUACGACGCCUUCUCGGAGCCUCCGAACCCUUCCCCACCUUCCCCCCCACCAGAGCUUCGCCUCUCCGCCCCCUCCUUCUCCCGCUCGUCUCCUCCGCCAGUGGCUCCGCCGCCUCCCCCGUCUCAGGAGGAGAUUCUCCGGAAGCGGAGGAAUAGGGAGGAGAUACGGAAGCUAUACGAGUGCUAUCGCCGGAUCACGUUCUGCGUCGCCCAGAAGGACCCCCGUCUCAUGCCUGACCUCGAACAGGCCUACCUCUCUCUCAUCACCGCCUCUAGAGGUUGCACAAGUGUACAACGUAUUGUAGCUGAGCUUAUUCCUCGAUAUGCUUCAUACUGCCCUACUGCUCUUGAAGCAGCAGUUAAAGUGUCCAUCAAUAUGUAUAAUUGGAGCUUGGCUAUAAUAAUGAGAGGAGAGGAUGUAGAUGGGGUGGCAUUCCAGACUGCUAAGGCAUGCAUUUUUGGGUUAGUUGAUAUAUGUUGCACAGCAUCAUAUGAGGCACCAACGUCAUCUGUCAUCCGGGGCAUCUGCAAUGCAGUUUUCCUAAAUGUUCUUUCCUUUUUCACUUCAACUUUUGAGGGGAAGGAUAUCUAUCAAAUAGGUAGUAAGGAAAUUCUAAAGCUGCAAGAACCGAUGGAAUUCUUUUAUGAGCUGAAGCAGGAGCAAAUAGAUGAUAAAGAACGUGCUUUACAUAACUUAUUGGAACUUCGAGCACUUAGCUUGCUCUCCAUAUUUUUUGCUUUUCCAAAGAAUUUACUUGCAGCUUGUUUUGAGCUCUUUGUUUCUGGUAAAACUGAUGUUGUCCUUCAUCAAAGAGGGCGCUAUUUUCUAAGGCAGGUGACAACACAUCUAAAUGUUGAUGAGAUGAAUCAUGACUUGGAGAAGACACUUGAAGGGACUUCACUAUGCACAGAUUCAGCAGAGCCUGGCACAAAUUGCAAUGCAAAAUCUGUAGCAAACGAGAAUACCAUGCCAGAAAAGUCAUUGCAACAAUCUAGCAGCUCAUUUAUGGGAAUGGCAAUUAAUAGGGAUCCAUCCUUGAGAAGCUGGAUUCUUUUGAGAUAUAAAAAAUUAAGCGAAUCACUUACACAGCAAGCUAUAUCAGAAAUAUCAUUCUCUUUGGAAAAAGUUUUGGGUUCUUUGGCAGAACUAGUAAGAGAAGUAGACUGUGAAGAGAAUGAUGAGGAUAGUUUUGAUCCAUCAAAAUAUAUCAACCAUCCAUAUUUGAUCCAUAAGAUCCAGCAUGAUAGCCAUGUUGAUGUGUCUAAGAGGGGCCAUUCUUGGAGAGUGCAUGAAGCAUCCAUUCUUAAUGUAGUACCCAAGAAUAAUGAUUCUGCUGAAAAAAGUGCGGCUCAAAAUAUGAAGCCUCUCCACUCAGUGUUUCCGCAUGAGAUUAACAUACAAUCAGUAAAUGAGAAUUCUACUAAUGAAGGUGAAAGGGUGGUCCCUGCAAGUACUUUGAAGUCGGAAGGCCAUGAAGACAUAUGUCUGGAGAAAAUCUCUGCUCUAAAGGAAUCAACGACCAAUCAGUUUCUUUGUUCAGGCAUCAGGAAGCAGCCAGAUCUCAGAAAUGAUGAUUCUAGGGACGAAACCCAUGUUGGGAACCAAAGUUUGGAUGUUGAUCUUGGCAUGCCAGCAACUAUAUCUGCUCCUGGAGGUGAAGCUGGAAUUUUGCCAUCUCCUAAACCAAAUUUAGUUGUACAAAAUCAUGUCUCCAAUCAAUAUCUUUUGCACUAUGAUGGGGAUCCUGCAUCUCUGGAUGUGUUCUCAGCUUCUAAGCAACUGUGGUUAGGUUCCCUCGGCCGUGAUGCUUCUGAAACAUUAGUUAGGUUGCAGUUUGAGGAUUUUGGUCCCUUGGAUAAUUUUUCAUUUUUUUCUGGUAAAGAUUUUGCUUUGCUUGAAUACAGAAACAUACUGGAUGCUGUGAAGGCACGGGAGUAUAUGCAGGGUUCCUCUCUGUGGGGUGGCUACCUUCAUAUUAAAUUUUUGGACAAAGGAUUAGGUAGCAGGGUUGUUAAUGGUAUGGCUGUCAGUGACAGCUGUCAUGUUUAUAUUGGGAAGGUGUUAAAAUGGGCAAAAGAUGAGAUAAUGCAUGAGUUGAUGGCAGUGGGAUUGAGGAACCCCCAUGUGGUUACUGAUCUUGCGAGUGAGCAUGGCUUGCUGUUGGAGUUUGGGACUGCAGAAGAAGCAGCUCAUGCAAUUGCACACAUCAGGUAUCAGCGUAGGGAGAGUGGAUCUCAUUUGUAUCCACAUAAAAGCUUAACACUGAAUGCAUGUACAGGAGAUAAGCUUGUUUCCGGCUGUCAGCUUUUUGUGAGGCAAAUAGAUGCUUCUGUCCCUGAUGUAGAAUUGAUCAAUGCAUUUUCAAGAUUUGGACAGGUUACUGGUUGGCAUUUUGAUAGACCAAGUGGCAGCUGCUAUAUAGAUUUCCGUUCAUGUGAAGUUGCAGACCUUGCAAAGUCCCAUUUGCAUGGUGCAAGGUUUGGGCCUACAACAAUUCAUGUUGAAUUUAGGAAAGAUAGCUCUACUGACAGCAGCAGGACCAGAAUAUCUCAGUUAUCUUCUUUAUUUUCAUCUCUUUGUGCUAAAUACAAAAUCAAUCAGAGUAUAAGUUUCUCUGACAGUCAUAAAUUAAAAAAAUGCUAUCCAUCUGCCUUGAGAGAUGAAAAACCAACAAGCACUCUUUUGAUUGGUUUACCAGAUAUUACUUCACCAAUCUUUGCAGAUGAUGAUUUGAUGGCAUUGUGCAAUGUUGCUGUUGGAAAUGUUGGGUCUGUAGUUGGAUUGGCACGAGCAGGAAUGCAAAGUUCUAGCUGGUAUGUUGAGUUCAGCAGUGUGGAUGCCGCAGCUACAGCUUUGAAAAAUAUCCGGAAUUGUCCAGGCAUCUUCCUUCAAACUGAGUUCAGGAACUCCAAAGCUGGCUUUUAUCAUGAUGAACGACAAUCAACGCCAAGGAAAUUGAAUGCUUCAGGAUACUUUUCAUCCCAGGGGGAACUCUGCUCUGCUGGUUUGGAAGGUAAAUCAGGGAACCCCUGUGCUGGUCCUUUCACAAUUAAACCUGAUAGUGGCAUCCAUGAACUCGUAUCCCCAAGAGUAAAUGUGGAAAAGCUAGGCACUCAAGCAAAGAGUGGGCAAGCAUUUCAGUCAAAGUGGACUGUGACAGGCAAUGCGGAUACACUGGAAGUCGGGUCAAGAAAGGUAGAUGAUUUUGGCAGCAGUGUGCCGAUGGAUUUAUCAUUUGCUGGUCCUUCCACUUCUCAUGCUGGUGAACAAAUCUGGCAGUACAAGAAGCAGGAGAUAGAGCCACAAAUAUUGGCGCAGGGAAGCUUACCAUGCCCACCCAUUGCUUCGCAUGGCAUCUCUAUAGUACCACCACCAGUUCAAACAACAUCUUUUGUUCGUCCAUUUUAUCAUACUCCAAGCAAUUCAUGGGACAAUUCUGGUCUAAAUCCUCUGAAUCAAAUUUCUGCUGGCAUGAUGCCUAAUGACAAUCGUCAUGUUACUACACGCCCUGCUGUUCCUUUUAUACCUUCUUCAAUAACUCCACUUUCACAGCUGCCUGGAGGUCCCAUUCAACAUUUGGACCAAAUGGUUACUGUUCCAGGUUUACCAAGUGUGGCUCCCCCACCUCCUUCAGCUCCUGAUGUGCCACCUCCAUUACCUUCUUCUCCACCUCCAUUACCUCUCUCUCAGCCCCCCUCCAUUCCACCUCCUCCAAGUUCUCCUCCACCACAUCAACUUGCUGCUGAAUUUUCCAAGUUGCAAACAGGUAUGCCAUGUUUACAUCAUCAGUGGCAAGGUGCGCUUUCAAAAAGUGGGGUUCACUACUGUAUGGUCUAUGCAACUAGAGAGGACUCUGUUGCUUGCAAAUAUUUAAAUGCUCUAUCCGAACCAGCUGACUGGCCUUCUAGAUUAGAUGUAACAAAAAGGACAGACUUUCGGCAUGUGAAAACAACCUUUGCUAACACUCCAGCUAGUAAAAGGGAGGUUUGUCGGUUGCUACCCUCUACCUCAGGUGACCACAAAGGCUUCCAUGAUUUCAUAUCAUAUUUAAAACAAAGGGAAUGUGCUGGAGUGAUAAAGAUACCUGCAGGGAAGUCCAUGUGGGCAAGGUUGCUUUUCAUUCUUCCGUAUUCAGUUGAUACUUGCUCCUUGUUGGCCAUUGCACCUUAUCCAUCAGAGUGCCUUAUUGCUUUGGUUUUGCCAAAAGAAACAAAUUCUGAAUAAUUCUUUUCAUAAUUGUUGUACAGAGGCAAAGAAUAUGUAUUUUAUAUCUAUGCAUCUAAGAUGUGCAAAACUAACUUUCCAAACUUUGUUCAUUCUGCAAACCAUCAUGUAUCAUAUUUCCGUGAAACUACAAAUAGUAUCUUUUGGAGACACCGGUAGUUUUAAUAAUGCAAGAGCAAAAUAGUUUUUCAAUGAUAUGGAGAUUUUCAUUUUUCA